CUUGGAUCGGCUCUGGAUCACCCUGGUGGCGCUUCCGGUGCCGCCACUGGCGCGCUCCGCGCGCCAGGGAGGGGGGGCCCAGCGCCGACCCAAGAAAUCCGCACGGAGCUCUGAAGGCCUGCGUGAUCAUACCGCCCGCUCUCCCUCCAGGAGUUCCAGACGGGCACCUUCGACGGUGCGCAGCACCACCGCUCCAUCCCCGGGCGACAACGCCACCGCCGCCGGGCUCCGCCCUCCGCGCGCGCGGCUGCUGCUGCUGAUCGCGUCCUCCUGGCCGCGGUUCCGCGAGCGGGGCCUGCUCAGGGACGGGCUGGCCCGCUGCGUCAGCGGCGAGCCGGGCGCCAGCGGCUCCGUGGUCUGGCGCUUCGUCCUCCAGGGCGGCCCGCCCGCGGGGGCCGAGGUCCUCGCGGCGGAAGAGGCGGCCACGAGCGACGACCUGCUGCUCCUGCCCAGCUGCCAGGCGGGCGGCGGCGCGGGCCCUGGCGCAGGUGCGCCAAUGGCACAGGCGCUGCGGGCCCUUCGCUCGCUGUCGCGGGGCCUGCGCUUUGACUUCUUGAUGUCGGUGCGAGACUCCAGCGCAGUGAGCCUGCGCAACGUGCUCCAGCUGCUGGACCUGCUGCCAGAGGGCAGGGUUGUCGUCUCCAACGAGCCCGCAGACGGCGCGUCAGCGGCGGCAGCGGCGGCGCAGGCGGCGGAUCUGAUGUUCCUGGCUUCUGCGGACAUCGCGCGGGUGCUCGCCAAGGAGGGCGCCUCCCUGCGGUCGAGCGGGGCCGGCGACGCGGGCCCGAUGAGCCUCUGGCUGCGUGGAUGGGCCGGCGUGCGACACCUGCGCCACGCCUCCUGGUUCUUGCGCGACGCAGCCCAGUGCGGCGGCAGCACCCUCGCGGUGGAGGCGGCGAGCCCGGAGACCUGGCAGGAGGCCGCGGCUGCCCCGUGCCGCCUCUGCCUCCCGCCGGCCUCCCCGAGCCCGCCCGGACCCGUGCCCGCGCCGCCCGGGUGCCGGUGGCCCCGCCUGCUGCGGGACCGCGCGGCGGCGCUUGGCGGCGAGGCCUGCAGGGCCGCGUGCGCCGCCCAGGCGGUCGUCAACGCCACGCGGCGGGCCUGCCCGCCGGCCGCCUGCCGGCUGCUCUGCGGGGCGCCGCCGGGCGGGGCGGCCAGUGCCGCCUGCGGCUCUGGCGCGGGCGGCGGCUCGCGUGGCAGCGAGCGCGUCCUGCCUCUGGCGAUCUGCGUGUUCGGGUCGGGUUGGGAGGACCGGCGGCUGCGGGAGCGGCUGCGCUCUGCGUUGCGCAGCUGCUCCGCGCUCGCGGGGGGCGCGGGCGCGCCCCACGUCUUCGUCAUGCCGCCGCUGCCCGACGCGGGGCACCCGCUCCGCGCGGCGGCGGCGGAGGAGGCGGUGGGCGAGGGCGACCUGGACGUGGCACCGCGUUUCGAGGGCCUGCACGGUGCGGCGCGGCCGGCGUAUGCGUACACGCAGGCCUUGCACAUCGUGGAGGAGCGGUUCGGGGAGGUCGAGUUCCUGCUGCUCGCGGACCACCGGGCGUACGUGAACGUGCCGCUGCUGCUGCGCGCCGUCCUUCCGUCCCUGCGGCCGCCGGGGGUCUACACCGGCUGCUUCCUCGAUGAGACCCUGUUCAACACCGGCGGGGCCCCGGACGACGACUCCCAGUGCCUCCACCUGAGCCAGUGCCGCGUCGCAUACCUGAGGCGCCGACGCGCGCCGAUGUUCGCCCACGGCAUGGGCUUCAUCGUCUCAGCCGACCUCGCCCUGGCCGUGGCCGACAUGGCCGCGCAGACGCCCCUGCGCUCUGCGGACGUCGCCGCGGACGUCUCUUUCGGGAUGUGGGCGCAGGUCCUCGAGGGCACGAGCCACGAGUCGCUCCACGAGGCCUUCCACGAGUGGCCGCGCGGCGAGCUGGCCGACGUGGGCGUCAGCGUCGAGGGCGGCGGGCUCGACGUCUCGCGGCCGCCCUCGGGUACCUCCAUGGUCGUCUGGCCCAUGACCCUUGAGCGCUGGGACCACUUCGAGCUGAGCACCUGCUCGCUGUCGGCCGGGCCGCGCCGCCGGGGGCCAGCAGGCCUGGCCGCGCCGGCGCCCCCCAUGCCGGGGGAGGCGCCCACGCAGGUCGCGCCGCGGCCCCCGGGGGCCGCGGGGGCGCCCCCCGGCGACUGCUGGCAGGGCAUGGGGGGCAGGCCCCAGGCCUGGUACCUCGUCUGCUGUAGCCUGGGCUGGGAGCGCUGCUGGGGAGGGGCCUACACGGCGGAGUCCUGCUGCCGCGGCGUGCCCCCCAGCACACCGGACGCCGUGCGCCCCUCGGACGCGGUUGCGGUGAGCUUGGAGCCGCUGAGGCGCUUCCUGGGUUUCGGCCACGAGCAGAUGCGGCUCCUGAUGGACGGGAUCGACCAGGCCCUGGAGGAGGCUGCCGAGCCGCUGCCAGCCUUGGGGCGCCUUGCGUGCUUCACGCCGAGAGACUGCGUCCGGGAGGCCUUCGCGAGGCUGUACCAGAGGUCCUGGGCCACCGGGGCCCUCCCCGUCGCCGCCGCCGCCGGGAGCGGAGGGCGCCCGGUGCGGGAGGUGCAGCUGGAGGCCUGGCUGGCGCAGGCGGCACGGCUCGUCGACGGGCACGUGCCCGAGGGCGGCGGGUGCCUGGAGUGGGGCCCCGCGGGCCUGGCCCGGCGCUUCUUCCCGGCGUACUGCGGCACUCCCGAGGUCGUCGCCGUUCCUGGCGGCCGAGAUGCCACCGGGGGCGCGGGCGUGGCGGGCCGCCCUCGUGCUGCCGGCGCGGAGGAGCUCGGCGCCUGGGGCGUGCCCGACGGCUCGGUCGGGGUGGCGGUCUGCGCCCACGCGUUCGAGCGCCUCGCGCUGCCCCACAGGGCCAUGGCGCGGCUCUUCGCUGCCCUGGCGCCCGGGGGCCUCGUCGUCUGGGCGGCCGCGAUGUUCGGCGAGGUGCACGAGUCCGGGGGAGACUACUUCAGGUUCACCAUCCCGGGCGCGGCGGCCCUCGGGGAGGACGCCGGCUUCGAGGUCGUCGGGCAGUAUGGGCCGGGCGGCCUGCGUGAGCUGGGGGCGGCCCUGCUGGGCGCCCCGGCGGGGGCCGUGCGGCUGCCCGCGCUGCUCGAGGACUCGGGGUCCACGUGGUCGCUGCUCUCGUGCGUGCUUCUGCGCAAGCCGGCGGCGGGAAAAAAUGGCCCUGGCGAAGGCAGCAGGUGCUCGUGGAAGCGUCACACCGUGUACACUGGCCACAAGUCGACCUGCGCUACGAGACGAGUGCCCGGGCGGAGCACGGGGGACGCCUCGGGCGAGACGAGGCCCGCGCUGCACGGACUGCGCAGAGAGCACCUCCAGGAGUGCAGUCCAGACGCCGCAAGCAGGCUGAGCGCCUCGGUGCAGCCGUGGGGGGAGACGCCGGGCAACCUGGACAAUCCCGUCAUCUGGUUCUUCAUGGAGCAGGGCUUCCUGGCGGCGUCGCGGCGAUACGGGCAGGCUCUGGCCGCCGAGCUGAGGAGGCUCGCCGUGCGCGUGGGCCGGCCGAGCUGCGUGCGCUGGCCUCCACCAUCUGUGGGGGUGCCCGGGGGCCUGGCGUUCCGGUGGGGAGACGUGGGGAGCGCGCGGACAUUGGGGCAGAUCGGGGGCCCGGGCGUGGCCCGAGCUCCGCCGGCGUCGGGCCUCAGCUCCCGCGGGCACGUGCCGGUGUGCGGGGUCGAUCCAGUGUGGGUCCGCGUCGGAGGGCUAGGGUUCCCAAUGGCCGCUCGCGCAUUCUGGGCCGUGGCGCAGCAGGUGUCGCUCGCAGGGGCGAUCUCCGUGGCCUUCGACCGGGAGGCAGGGGCCGGGCACGGAGGGGGGCAGGGCAGAUCGGCCGCCCACGUCGGCGUGAUGAGCAAGUCCGGGGUCACGCGGUACAGCGCCCGGCAGAUCAGGAAGGCCCACAGCACCCAAGGGGCUUUCUGGCCAGAUUCCAGCAGCCGCGGCAACUCGCUCUACGCCGGCGCGGGGGACCUCACGGACAACGUCUCGUGGGGGUGGCACCACCCGAACGGGGUCUUCAGCACCAUCCCGGUCGGAGCGCCCCUCAUCGACAGCGAGCUGAACAUCUACGUCGGGUCGGACGACGCCAUCCGGAAGUUCGACGUGUCCGGGGAGCUGCUCUGGAGCUACGCCCCCCGCGGCCAGCUCGCCGCCGCCCCGUCCAUAGCCAUCGGCUCGGGGUCGCGGCGCAUGGCCGUGGCCCCCACCGAGGUCUCCGCCGAGGAGGAGGCGGCCCUCAGGCCGGACUGGGCGAAACAGGGGGACGACCCCGAGGUCCCGUAUGAGACCUUCUUCGCCCAGGUCAAGGUCGGCGACCGCCUUAAGGUGCGCCCGGGCAAGGCGUUUGUCGGGGACGGCGGCAAGGACCUUUACAGAGACGGCGACCAGGGCAGGAUUGCCAAAGUCAUCAGGCAGGGAGGCGACGAUGAGCGCGUGGUCAUCCAGUGGCCGCGCACCGGCCACGAGAGCGUCGCGAACCUCGCCUCCCUGGGCAAGAGGUUCGUGCGCGUCGCCAGCGAGGUCAGUGCGGCCACUCUGCCGCCCAUGCUCGUCGGGAGCACCACCUCUGGCUACGUGUUCGCUGUCGGGCUCAGCGACGGGGAGGAGAUCUGGGCGACCCAGGCCUCCGAGCAGAUCGCGGGCGUCAAGGGGGCCGUUGGCGCCAAGGACGGGGUGGUCGUGGUCGCGACCAACCGCUGCACCGACCGGUACUGCUACCGGUACCGCAACCAGACGAACCCACUCACGCCGAGCAACUCCAUCGUGAGGGGCCUCAGCGCAGCGGACGGCAGCGCCCUCUGGUCUUACAAGACGCGGUCGCCUGUGUGGAACAUGGUGCCGCAGUGGGGCCCCAACGACACCGUCAUGUUCCAGGACUUCGAGGCCAACGCGUACUGCCUCAAUUUCAAGACUGGCGCGCUGGUGUGGAAGUUCCGCGCCUCCAAGGGUAUGGGUACUUACACGAGCGCCGCCGCCGUGUACGACGCGGCCUCCGAGCGGUUCUUCGCGAUGGGCGCCAAGGAGUACGAGCACAAGUAUUGCAACCCUUACCCUGCGCCGGGUGUCCUGCCCCACUGCAACACGUGGCCUGGCUCUCCAGGUAUGAUCUACGGCCUCAACGCGACUUCGGGCAGGAAGAUGUGGGAGUACGAGACCCGCGAGCCGCCAGCCAGCGGCGCCGUCGGCUUCCUGAACAGCCCCGCGGGCCACACCAGGCUGGUGGUCACCCUGGGCUACAACUGCAGGUACAACUCCCCCACCGGGCUCUUGAUCCUCGACCCGAACAAUGGCCACUUCCGGUUGGAGAGGGAGGGCCCGACGCUGUGGUCUGGCAUGUGCGCGGGAGACAGGGAGGGCGGCGACAUCCGGAGGGCGAUGGGCGGCCGCGCCGCGUGCGUGCCGAACUCCUGGUCCAGCCCGGUCAUCGACUCCAACGGCGACUUCUACGUCGGUAACCAGGUGGGGGUGUUGCAGAAGUGGGGGUCUCCCACGGGGCGGAACCGCGACUUCCAGGUGCUCUCCACCCUGACCACGGGGGUGGCCUUCCAGGACUCGGCCAUCGCGUUCGGGCCCGGCAUAAUGGCGGUGUCGACGUGCACCUCCCUCAUCGUCAUGCAGACUUCGGACGGGGAUAACUUCACCUUUCCCCUCGAGUACUGA